CUGCUGGCACAGGACGCAGCUCUGCGGGAUGUCCUCCAUGGGGGGUCUUACGCGGACAGUAUCGUCGCGUGGUCACCCAAACAGUGGUCUAAAAUGGACCCCAAGAAAAUCAAGUUACCCGAUCUGCUUGAAUAUCUCAAGCAGGACUACCUGGGGGCUCUGCUUAACUUCGCCUCCAAGUCCUUAGUCGGUAUCCGAGCGACCAAUGACGCCUCCGACAUGGAGUGCGAAUUCGCAGGAUUUUCAUAUACGCUAACGUGUUUAACCUUAUCGGGUCAAAAUGGACCCAAAUAG